AAAUAUUCUCAACAAACAAAAUAUAAUGAAAAAGUAAAGUGAGAAUGAAAGGAUUGCUUAAUAAAUAUAUGCUUCUUAAAUGUAGAAACUGUAGGGCAAGAUAAUGGAAAAGAAACUCACUAAAGUAUGUUCAAAAUAGCAAUUUGAGAGCCAAUCAUAAAAUAUCUCGAAUAACAACAGUCCUGCUAUGGGACGUUAAAAAUCGUAUGAAAAUUUAUAGAAGGUGAAUAGAACAUUCAUAAAUCCAACAUUAUAAGUGUCUCAACAAAAAUUGAGUAGCAUUUUAAAUGUUAUGGCAGGCUAACAGACGAAACCAAAAUUUUAAAGUUUAUUUAACAAUGAAUUAAUGGAUACAGUAAAGAUUACACAUAAAUUACGAAAGAAUCAAUCGAUGAUUUAAAUAGAUUAGCAAUCACCAUAAUUAACAAAGAAUUCUUCAUUUCAUCGUCCUAAUUCGAGUGUGAAAAUAAAGAAUAGUAAUAGUAUAUCUUAUGAGUAAUCAUAACUUUAAAAAAUUAAAGAUAAAAUCAAAUAAUUAUUAUAAGAAAGAGAUAACAAUUGGUAAUAGGACCAAAAGGAGAUAGCUUUUAUGAUAAAACUAAAUCAAUCAUUAAACUAAUUAUUCUCGAUAAUUUUUUAAGAGUAACCAAAUACUUAGCCUACUUCUACAUAAGAUACUAAUUCGAGUCUCUAAAUAGAUCAUUUUUUUAAGAGAUAAAUUUAAAUAUUACAAUAAUAUUAUACAUAGUAGAUGGAAAAGAAAAAACUGGAAAAUAUACUCAGUUAAAUAAAAAGAAAGCAUGAAAAUGUACUUGUGGAAUACAAUUAGUUAUAAGAGUAGAAGAAAUCUUAAGAUGAUUUAAUGAAAAAUUUAUAAUAGCAGAUAUCAGGAUUGUAAUCUAAAAUAAAUACAUAGCAAAGAGAAACAAAGACUGAGUAAGGUAUAUUUAUUAUAUAAUAUUAUAAAUAGAAUUUUUGGAAUUGAAAUAUUUAGUACAAGGAUAAUUUGAAGCGAUUUAAAAAUUAUUGCAAAGGGAAUAGUUAACUAAGAUAUUUUUAAAGAGAGUAGGGGAUAGUUCAAUUUUAGAGUAUUUUAUAUAUUAUAGAAUUUGAGGAUGUUCGAUUAAUUUGUAUCAAAUGCUGAAUAAACAAAUAUGGAUGACACAGAAGGGAAUCUCAAUAUAGAAGUGAUACCAUCAAAUAAAUUGAUUUCCCAAAAGAAAUUAGCAAUAGCUUAAGAGUAAAUGGGGAUGCCUGAGAAGAUUUUAUAUUAAUAUGAGUAGAAUUAUAAAUAGGAGUUAAAUUUAUGUGAUUCUAUGUUGGCAGAUGAUUCUAGUAAUAAUUAAAUCAAAAUGUUAUUAGGAGUGAAUGACUCAGAAGAAAGCAGUUUUGGUUAUUUGGGUAAAGAGUAAGCGACUGAAAUUAGUUGUUAUUUUAAUGAUGCUGAACAAUUUGUUUAAACAGAAAAUUAAAGAAAGGGAGUUCAUACAAUUUCAAAAGAGAAAUUAAAAAUUAAUAUGAUGGAUGUACAAUUAGCAUAAGCUGCGUAAUGUUUAUAAAAUAUUUAGUAUGAAACACUAAGAAUUAAUUGAAUAAUAAUAACAAUAAUAAUAACAACAAUAAAAGAUUCUUCCAGAUGAUUUGAUGGACAAUGAUGAUGAAGGUUCUGAUGAAAACUUGUUUGAUGAUGAUGAGUAAUAGUUUUGACAAG